GGCGGUCGCUUUACGGCAGUGUGGCAGAAAUGGCGUCUCACUUCAGUGGAGUGCUGCAGCUGACGGACUUGGACGAUUACAUCGGUCCCUCGCAGGAUUGUAUAAAACCAGUCAAAGUUGAAAAGAAACCUGGAAAAGGAGCAGCCAAGAUCCGUAUUGAAGAUGAUGGGAGUUAUUUUCAAAUUGGUCAGGAUGGGGCGUCCCAGAAGCUGGAGAAGGCGAAGAUCACCCUGAACGACUGCCUGGCCUGCAGUGGAUGCGUGACCUCGGCAGAGACCGUCCUUAUCACACAGCAGAGUCACGAGGAGCUCUAUAAGAUACUGGAGGAGAAUAAGGUGGAGGAUCACUCGCAGCACAAGCUGGUCGUGGUGUCCGUCUCUCCGCAGUCACGAGCCUCUCUGGCCGCCAGGUUUAACCUCAAUAUUCAGGAAACGGCACAGAAACUGACUGCGUUCUUCAAACAGUUGGGGGUCCACCAUGUUUUUGACACCACUUUCUCCAGGAACUUCAGCCUGUUGGAGAGUCAGCGAGAGUUUAUACAACGCUACAGGAGACGGCAGGAGGAGAAGAAGGCCCUGCCCAUGCUGGCCUCAGCCUGCCCAGGUUGGAUUUGUUAUGCUGAGAAAACGCACGGCUCCUUCAUUAUCCCGUACAUCAGUGUCAUCAGAUCUCCACAGCAAGUGAUGGGGUCACUGGUGAAGAAGUACUUUGCAAAGGAAAAGAAUCUGAAGCCAAGCCAGAUCUACCAUGUCACGGUGAUGCCGUGUUAUGAUAAGAAGCUGGAGGCCUCGAGGCCGGACUUCUUCAGUGAGGAGUACGAGACGCGAGAUGUAGAUUGUGUCAUCACCACCGGGGAAGUGCUGAGGAUGCUGGAGCAGGAGGGAAUAUCUUUGCCAGAUGUGAAUCCCUGUCCUCUUGACUCGCAGUUUAGCAGUGUUGUAGACAAUGAACCAUUAGGACAUGAAGGCGGAGGAUCUGGCGGAUACCUAGAACAUAUAUUUAAAUACGCAGCACAAGAACUCUUUGGCCUCCAUGUGGAUGAGAUCACCUACAAGCCUCUAAAGAACAAAGACUUCCAAGAGGUGACACUGGAGAGGCAUGGGGAGGUGCUGCUGCAGUUUGCACUGGCUUACGGCUUCCGGAACAUUCAGAAUCUGGUGCAGAAGCUAAAAAGAGGGCGCUGUGCCUAUCACUAUGUGGAGGUGAUGGCUUGUCCUUCAGGCUGUUUGAACGGAGGUGGCCAGAUUCGGGCAGAAGGAGUGACCGGCAAGGACUUACUACAGAGGGUGGAGCAGCUAUACACGUCUGCGAGGACGGAGUCACCGGAGCAGAAUCGCUGUGUAAAAGAGCUUUAUGAGCAGUGGCUGGGAGGGGAGGACGGCCCUGGGGUGAAGGAGGCGCUGCACACGCAGUACCACGCUGUGGAGAAGGUCACUUCUGGACUCGGUAUUAAAUGGUGAUUCAAAGACUCAACCCAACGUUUCUAAAUUAAGAAGCUUGUGGAGUGACUUUUGCAUAGUCCAGUCCACAUGGGGUGAAACGUGAUCUGGUAACCACAGCCUUACCAUAUAUCUUUACUAGUUUGAUUUUUUUUUUGUAUUAAAUUGACGUUUUCCACACAAACAAAGAGAUAUUAGAGUAAACUCCCUAUAGAUGGAUACCCCCUGGAUCUCGGACUACGGUAAUACCAGCAAGGAUUUUUUUACUCUUUAGGGUUCAUUCACACGACCAUAUGGGCGUGUUGCCCAUGUUGUGUGUCUGCAAUAAAUGGGCACCGGUUGUGCGGACCCAUUGACAUGAAUUAGUCCGCGAUCCGCAAGAUGGGACAUGUCCUGUCUUUUGCAGUGCGGAGGCACAGAUCGGAAGCCCUUCCAUGGGCUUUUUAGUCCAUGCCUCAGCACCACAAAAGAUAGGACAUGUCUUAUUCUUUGCCAUAUAUUGUGGAUCACGGACCCGCAAUAUGGGAUUCGCACUGCCUGUGCCUGUGUGUUGAGGACCGUUAUUUGUGGCCUGCAACACGGGCACGGCGAACAUACAUUCAUCUGAAUAGGGACUUAUCCUGAAAAUCCUGAUUAUAAAUUCAGUAUAUUUUUGCUGGAGGUGGAGAAAUAUAUACCUUUAAGGAACUCCCAGCAUGCUCCACUUGAGCUGGGAUUUGGAGUGCCGGAGGUUGCUCAUCCCUGACGUAAAGACUAUACAGCAUAUUGAAUCUAUUUUUCCCUGUUAUCAGCCAUUUCCUGAUAAUUGGCCUUUGUAAAUGUGUCAUCCAACAAAUUAGAUAAUCAGAUGGUUUAUGGGAGUAUGGAAAUGCUCACUAGUCGGCAGCGCAUCUUCCUGUGCAAACAGAUGAGGGUCAAACCAUCAUUCUCCCCGCAUAAACUUUUCAUGUUUUAAAAAUAAAAUAAAAAAGUCAAAGGGGGGGUUUUCCAAGAUUUUAAUACUGGUGACCUAGCCUCUGAAUAGAUCAUCAGUACCUGAUUGGUU